AUGGCUCCCGUUUUGGAGAAGCAACUCCCGGGCGUAGCCGGGGCAGGCGACCACAACAACGAGGAGGAAGAAGGACUAGACCUUUGGACCUCAAUACUCAGUGAUGUUUCUACCCGAUCAAGUUCAAAAUUGCCAUCAGGAAAAAACAUUUUGGUAUUUGGUGAGGAUGGAUCUGGAAAAACUACACUCAUGUCCAAACUUCAAGGGGCUGAACACAACAAGAAAGGAAGAGGACUGGAAUAUCAAUACUUAAAUGUCCAUGAUGAAGACCGAGAUGACCUUACACGAUGUAAUGUGUGGAUCCUGGACGGGGACCUCUACCACAAAGGCCUGCUUAAGUUUGCCGUUUCUGCACAGUCACUACCUGAUUGCCUAGCCGUAUUUGUUGCGGAUAUGUCGCGGCCCUGGACCAUUAUGGAAUCACUGCAGAAGUGGGCCAGUGUACUACGUGACCAUGUGGACAAAUUGAAGAUCCCUCCGGAGGACAUGAGAGAAAUGGAGCUCAAGAUGGUGAAAAUGUUUCAAGAGUACACAGAACCGGAGGAUGCCACGCCUGCAUCACCACAGAGACGGGCACUGGCAGCAGGGGAAGACGAAGCUGUGGUGUUACCACUGGGGGAAGACACACUCACGCACAACCUUGGCAUUCCAGUGCUAAUAGUUUGCACAAAGUGUGAUUCUGUCAGCGUAUUGGAGAAGGAGCACGACUACAAAGAAGAGCACUUUGAUUUCAUCCAGUCACACAUUAGGCAAUUUUGCUUACAAUAUGGAGCUGGUCUAAUCUACACCUCAGCCAAAGAGGAAAAGAAUCUAGAUCUGCUUUACAAAUACAUUGUACAUAAAUUGUAUGACUUCCACUUUACGAAUCCUGCCCUAGUAGUGGAGAAAGAUGCAGUGUUCAUCCCGUCAGGGUGGGAUAAUGACAAGAAAAUCUGCAUUUUGCACGAAAACUUAACAACCGUCAGACCUGGAGAUCCAUUUGAAGAUUUUAUCACAAAACCUCCAGUAAGAAAGAUGGUGCAUGACAAAGAGAUAAAUGCUGAGGAUGAGCAAGUAUUCCUGAUGAAACAACAGUCUUUGUUAGCAAAACAGCCAGCCACUCCAACUAGAGGAGCUACUGAAUCUCCAGGACGUACAGCGUCAGGUUCUCCAAGGCCUGCGGGACGUGCUGCACCCACUUUGACCGGCGGUUCUCCGAUGACUGCGGUCAAAAAGCCUGAUGCCAAUAUGAAAGCAGGGGCAGCCAAUGAGGGUGUAUUGGCCAACUUCUUCAAUAGUCUGUUGAGCAAAAAGACAGGAUCGCCAGGGAGUCCUGGAAGUGGCGCUGGAGUGCAAGGUUCAGCCAAAAAAACAGGGCAGAAGCCGGGUUUGAAUGACGUCCAGGCUGAGUUGGACCGUAUGACACGCAAACAGGACCCCAUGGUUUCAGCCAACAACAUACCGCCGCAGACUGAGAACGAAGCGUGA